AUGGCCCUGUCUCUGACUUCUGCCCCGUUCAACCUGCCGAAUCAUCAUCUAUCAACUCGGGCUGCUUUGGCAGUGGCAAAUAUCAACCUUGAUGCUGUCCAUGUCGAUCGCGGUGUGAGCCCGAGAGAAAUUCUGAGCACUUUUGAUGACCGAUCCGAGGGCACCGGAUUUGCUGAUGCACUCUGGAACGACCCGACGAACCAGGAUCUCGUGAAGGCUUUCAUGACCAACGACUUUGUUUGGUAUGCUGCUCAGCACCCAGACGCAGAAGUCCUCCCACACUAUCAAGCAUAUGGGCUGCAAGACUAUUUCUAUCUCAUCGACUAUAUAGGCUUCAAAGCUCUUCGAUUGAACACCAUACCGGGCGACGAUUGGGACUCCCUUCAGAGAGAAGCCAAAGGCCUCGCAGGCAGUGUUGAUUGGGUCAACGAUUGGCGAAACACUCUUAUCAACGACUUGCGGUUGACGCCUGAAGAAAUUACUCAAGCAGAGAGAUCGGUGGCCGAGUUGGCAUACUCCAACGUUCUCCAGAGACAUACGUCCAUCGACGAUUGGUUUGAUCUUCACGUCAUAAUGAUUCCUUGCGUCUACGGAUGGCCCAAAUUGGCCAAAGCCGUUUACGAUGACCCAAAGACUCUGAACGACACCAUCUUCUACAACACUUGGGUCAAACCUAAUAUGGAUACAUCGUCCUCAGACAAACUUUCAGGUGCGCUCACGACAUUCCUUCCAUAG